UCUCAUCGUCAAUCCAUUCAAAAUGGCAUAACCCAAUAACCCCCUUCCUAUUGACUUUACUAAAUUCUCUCUCUGUUUUCAAUUUUCAAUUCUCAAUUUCCUUCCAGUAAUUUAUUGGUACAGAAGUGCUCUUUGUUGGGGUCUGUUCUGCAGUCAAAACUGUACAAUCGAAGGAUGUCGGUAAGAGACGGCCACUAACUGAUUUGAGAGAUGAAGAAGACGUGAAGAAGACGUGAAGAAGACGACUCCAAAUCCCAAGGCUCAACUGUUUUUUCUAUUUCUUUAUUUUAAUUCAACUCUGCAUUUUGCCCAUUACUUUCUUCCUUUUGCUCAACGCCUUCAUUCGAUUCUUCCUGUUGCUUCUUUACUUUCUUUAAUUUAUUCUCUAUUCAAAUCGUCCUGGACUUUUUUUAUCUUUUAUUUCUUUUUAUAACCCAUUUCAUUUGGGCGUCGUUUUAUUUAAUUUUAGGUUCUGGGUUUUGCUUCUAUUUCUGUUUUAUUUGUUGGGUUGGGGGGUUUGGUCUUGAUUAUGGAGAUUCCAAGGUUUGCUGUAGUGAGCUUCUUCUUGGUGUUUUUGUCAAGUGUGGAUUGCAAUUUAGUGUUUAAGGUUCAGCACAAGUUCAAGGGUCGUGAGAGGUCUUUGCAAGCAUUCAAAGCCCACGAUAUUCACCGUCGCGGUAGAUUUCUUUCUGCUAUUGAUCUCCAAUUAGGUGGCAACGGGCACCCUUCUGAAUCUGGGCUGUAUUUUGCUAAAAUUGGGCUUGGGACACCAGUACAGGACUAUUAUGUACAGGUGGAUACAGGAAGUGACAUCUUAUGGGUGAACUGUGCAGGCUGUACAAACUGUCCCAAGAAAAGUGAUCUUGGUAUAGAACUGUCACUAUACAGUCCAUCGAGCUCCAGUACUUCAAACAGGGUAACUUGUAAUCAAGAUUUUUGCACUUCCACAUAUGAUGGUCCAAUUCCUGGUUGCACCCCCGACCUACUCUGUGAAUAUAGAGUUGCAUAUGGAGAUGGAAGCUCAACUGCUGGAUAUUUCGUGAGGGAUCAUGUAGUACUUGAUCGAGUGACUGGAAAUUUUCAAACUACUUCUACAAAUGGGAGUAUAGUGUUUGGUUGUGGUGCUCAACAAUCUGGCCAACUAGGUGCAACAUCUGCUGCACUUGAUGGGAUACUUGGUUUUGGACAAGCAAACUCUUCGAUGAUUUCACAGCUGGCUUCAUCAGGAAAAGUUAAAAGGGUUUUUGCACAUUGCUUGGACAAUAUUAAUGGAGGUGGAAUUUUUGCCAUUGGGGAAGUGCUGCAGCCAAAAGUUCGCACCACUCCACUAGUGCCGCAACAGGCACAUUACAAUGUGUUUAUGAAGGCAAUUGAGGUUGACAAUGAAGUGCUGAAUCUCCCGACGGAUGUUUUUGAUACUGAUUUAAGGAAAGGAACAAUUAUUGACAGUGGCACAACGUUGGCUUAUUUUCCAGAUGUGAUUUAUGAACCAUUAAUUUCGAAGAUUUUUGCAAGGCAGAGUACACUAAAGCUGCAUACUGUUGAAGAACAAUUUACCUGCUUUGAAUAUGAUGGAAACGUUGACGAUGGAUUUCCUACAGUGACAUUUCAUUUUGAAGAUUCCCUGUCUUUGACAGUUUAUCCUCAUGAGUAUCUAUUUGAUAUUGAUAGUAAUAAAUGGUGUGUUGGUUGGCAGAAUAGUGGUGCCCAAUCUAGGGAUGGAAAAGAUAUGAUUCUGUUGGGAGAUUUGGUGCUGCAAAAUAGACUCGUGCUGUACGACUUGGAAAAUCAGACCAUUGGUUGGACAGAGUAUAAUUGUUCUUCAAGCAUUAAGGUGAGGGAUGAACAUAGUGGAGCUAUAUAUACAGUUGGGUCUCAUGAUCUUUCUUCAGCUUCUUCUCUAAGAGUUGAAAGAAUAUCGAUCCUCUCGUUAAUACUACUGCUUACCAUACUUCAUUCUUUUAGAAACUAAAAUAGAUUGUUUACAGAGUUUUAUCGAUUCAUACACCACGUUGUAUAAUAAUUAUUUCAUGUAAAUAUGCUCUGCCCAUACGAUUCUUUUACAUUAUUCAAUUGGUUCUUUAAGAUCCAUUGGCAGUGCUGAAUGAUUCUUUGGGCUUUCUGAAAAUACUUGUAUUGAUCUUUUUGAUAUUGGUAACUCAUUUGUUUUUGGUUUAAGGAUCAAUUUUCAUA